CUUUUCCCCUACGAAAGGAUGUUGCAACAAUCAUACAAAUUGUAAUUGAAGAAGAGCUGGAUUUGUUUAACAGCUUUGAUGACUAUAAUAGCCACGCUAUCAUAUCGAGCUUAUUAACUUUGAGACAACUAACUGAUGCCAUUUCAGAUACCCUUUACGAUACCAUUUCUAUUAUAAUUGAACAUAAACCUCAAAUGAGGGCUCCACAAAGUACAAUUUUACACACGGCCACAAAUGCUAUCUCAAUUGAUGCAGAUAUCAGUGGAAGCAAUGUAAAAGCUCUAAUCAACUUGUCCUAUCUGUUGUUGAGCAAUCAUAUGAAAGCACCUUGGCUAAAUGACGGUAUAAGAAAUCUCGAAGACAUACCAAUGUCUUCCGUUGAAAGAUCGAAAAUUAAUAAAUUGAUAGAAAUGACCAAUUUGAUGUCGAUUAUGCUGGAAGAUGGAGAUAUCAUCAAUGAGGUCAACAUGCCAUUCAACAAUGUUGAAGAGUCCUUAAAAAAGCUAUGCUUAUGCACAACCGCUGAAGAUGCUGAACGUGUAAUCAGUGAGAUGAAAAUCCAAUCACUACAUUCUCCUAUAAAAGAAGAUUUGAAUGAAGCAUGUCAGCCAUGGAUGAAAAGCAUUACAGAAUAUGUCACGCGCACGCUAAUUGUAGAUCCUGUUCUUGCAGAAAGCGUGAUUCAACUUUUCAACUAUACUACUCCAAACUUUUUUACUGCAUACAUCGAUUAUGCUCUACCAUAUGCUAUACUGCAUAUUGAGGAUGACGCUGUUCUUGGCAUCAUUGCUGAUUGCCUUGCCGUGUCUCCAACUGAGCUCUGUAAACAAAAAGCACCCGAAAUAUUAUCUGCUAUCUUUAUGGAGCCAGACAAGCAUCUGAAAGAAGAUGCAUUCCGCCGGUUACAACGGCUUUUUAGGGACAGAAAAAUCAUUGGAGAACUGGCAUCCAACAACUUUACCACAAUUACUGUCAAUCUGGCUAUUAAAGUGGGGUCUCCGGAUUUGAGUGAAAUAGUAUUGAAUGCACUUCAUGAGCUUGAUACCGUAUCUGCGAGCAAUUUGAAUAACACAGCCUCUAUUGUAUCAUCGUUCCGAUUUACAGCCAUUUUGAUUAGAGUCUCUGAGUUUAUUUUGCAAAAGCGAAAGGGUGUUCCUGAUAAGGAGAUACAAGACCCUUUUGCGCUGGAGUCGCUUCAAUAUCUUAUGCUGACUCUCAAAGAUGAAGUGGCAAACCAUGCAUCACAUUUGAUCAAAGUAUUUGAAAAUGUUAUUGAGAUACCCGGUAUGCAAGAGCAAGCAUUUCAAUUGUGGAGUACCUUUAUCUUUCUGCUAAAAAAGGACUCCCUAAUGUCACAUAUCAGCUUAAUUGUGAACGGCUUACUGAACGUAGCUUAUGUGGCUGAUUCAUCACUAUGUGAACGGAUUGCGGACGUACUGAAUCGAAUUUUGAUUGAAGAAGAUUUAGACAUUGAAUGCUAUCAACUAUUGCCUCAACUUCCCAAUAUCAAAGAGUUACAAACAAUCAAAGAAUACGCAGAAGCAAAAAAAAGUGCUCGCAUGGAUACCAGUAGUGGUAAUGAUGGUACUCAGCAAGUAGACAACUGCAUUACAAAGAUCCUUGCCAAAUUGGAUGAAUAUGACGAUGGACAAGUGCUCUGUGGAUUAGAUAGAUUAAAAAAAAUGCUCGAUAACUAUCAGCCCAUAAAGAAGGAGUUUGACAGCCUGUACGCUAAACUAUAUAAUCUUAUAAAGAAGUAUGCCAGUCAUGCUGAUAUCACCUAUCAGGCUGCAAUCUGCUUAGGAAAACUAGGCGCUCGAAACCCUGGCGAUAUAAACAUGAAGACUAUUGACGACACUGUAUUUGUGACGAAUGACUUUCUCAAUGAUCUUGAGACAUGGAAUUUUAUCAGUGACUUAAUUCAAAAUCAUAUAUAUCCAGUCUAUCAGGUCGUUACCAAGGAAGAUACCACUCCACGACAGCGAUUGGAAUACACAAUCCAAACUCUUUUACAGGGAAUAAUUGGAGUAAAUCCUUCAGCCAGUGCUCGUCAGCAGGAACAUGAACGAACAGCUGCAUUUCAAAAGUUCCCACCUUUCCUGCAAGAAGUUUUGAGACCGUUCCUCAACUCUUCCUAUCAAAUUCAGUAUACGGCCAAGGAAACUGAAGGCUAUCCUAUUUUUAAGAAAGCGGAUACUUUUCAGCAGUGGAUCAAACAAUGGUAUAUUGAAAUGGCACAUAAUGCCACUGGCACUGCAAAAAAGGUGUUUUUUGCAUGUAUUCCGAUUGUAGAGUCGGAUUUGACAGAUAUUACCGCUUAUUUGAUACCCUACUUGGUUUUGCACACAGUGGUUUCUCAUAAAAAAGAAUCAGACGAGCAGUCAAAAGUAGUGGAACAACUUGUCAAUGAACUUAUGGACGUCUUCACCGCUAAUAGUGCUCAACAGUUCUCCACGCGACACGAGUUAGAAGAACAGACUCAAAUUGCCCCUUUUACAGAACACAAUGAUACUUAUCAUCUUUCAGUUCAAGUUGCUGUAGCUGUUAUAGAGUAUUGUCAAAAAUGGAUGAACAAAAUACGUCGUGAAAGUGCGGGGAAGAAUCGUCAUGUAGAUAAGGUUCGUCAGUUUUUACGUUGUAUACCGAGUGACGUGAUGGCCAUCGCAGCAUUCAAUACGGGAGCAUAUUCGCAAGCCUUGAUGUAUUUUGAAACCUAUCUGAUUGAGCGUGAAAGGAAUCCUUAUGACUUUGAGGCACGCCGACACGAGGUGCGGAAAAUCUUUGAUUAUUUGCGGCUUAUCUAUAUACAAACAGAAAACUCUAUCGAUUUGAACGCCUUGAUGGACUCUUAUGUAAUUGUACUUAAUCAACAACAUGAAAUAACGAGGCUCGAAGACUUGGGGGAAUGGGAUUAUGCAGCAACAUUACGAGAAAACGAAGUGCUGAAUCAUCCCGAUGAUUUAAUACCUCAUAUAGCCUAUAUGGAAUGUUUACGUAAAGGAAGCAAAUAUGAUAUUCUUUUGACAGUAAGUGAUGAAGUUUCUCGCAAAGUACCCAAAUGGGUCCCACAUAUAAACUCCUUCAGAAUCGAUUCCGCAUGGCGAGUUCAAAAUUGGAAAUUAUUGGAUGAAGCUGUCAGUCAACCUAUGCAGAGGAAUUUUCUCUCAUUGGUAGGCUGUGCCCUGAAUUCUAUGCGUAAAGGACAAACUAAGGAUGCUCUUAGUAUUAUCGAAGAAGCAAGACAAAAUUUGAUCGAGGAAUUUAAGCGUGGUGGUGCAGCAAGAUCUUACCGAAAAUCUUAUCCUAUUUUGUACAAUUUGCAAGUAUUGCAAGAAUUAGAAAAUUCGCAAGUGAUAUGGGAAAGUACAAAUCCUGCUAAGAGGAUAGAAAAUUAUACAGUUGAUUGGAAACGAACUCGUAGACAGAUUAGUCCAAACGGCGAAUAUAAAACGCAGUUACUGGAAAUCAGAAAGGCCGCUUUAUUCGAUAUAAGAUCAAAUGAUUUGCCACAAGAACUCUAUGAGGAUAAAAUAUUAUUGGAAUCAAAGGUUUGGUUAGAUAUGGCUAAAAACUACCGUAAAGCCGGGAAUAGCACUGCCGCCCUUACCGCUUUAACUCGAGCAAACACUCUGGCACAUAUGUUCAAUAUCGAUUACUAUGCUGAAAAAGCAAAGUGGUAUUGGUGGAAUGGAUUUAUAGAACAAGCUCAACGACUUCUUUUAACGCGAAUCGAAGAAGAGUCACCUGGUGUUAACAUGGAUGCUCUGCUAUUAGUUGAUUUUUGGAACAAAGACCCUGAAAAUUUCCGACACGCUCUUCCGCAAACAGUUAUUAAUCGUGUAUUGAAAGUUUCUACUGAAAAGCUCGAGAAGGCUUAUUAUGAGCUUAUGAGAUACCAUGCGGUUAGAUUUCGUGACCACAAAAGCCCCCAGACACAAGCGAAAAUACAAACUUACCUAAUAUCGACGGCCAGCAAAGCGUUAACGCAUGGAUCUAAAUACUACUAUUUUACCAUGUCAACAUUGAUUAAUGCUUGGUUUGAUAUAGCUAAACUUAAUCAGGAAGCCACAGGAAAGCCUAACGACCAGUCUAGAUUUAUUAUGACUCGCUUUAAUAAGAUCGUUCCAACUCUUGAUCGACUUUCUGAACAAGUCCCACUCUUUCAUUUCAUCUUAUAUUUAACAAGACUAAUAUCCCGACUGUCGACAGAUGACGAACGGAUGGCAAACUGGCUUCAUAAAAUCAUUUAUGCAGUGUUCGUAAAAUACCCUCGUCAAACAAUCUGGCAUAUGGUCGGUUCACUUGAUUCACAAUCUGGUCUUAUCUCACAGCGUAUGAAAGAUAUCUUAACAAAAGCAAAGGGUGCAAAUUUAGAUACUGAUAUUCCAAAUAUCAUUCAGGAAGCGACAGCUGUGAAGGCCUUCUUGAAAAAGCUAUCUCAAUAUGAUGUCGAUAAGACAAUCUCCUCACUUAAUCUCGGCAAAAUAGGCUUUAAUGGAGCAUUAGCAAAGCUUAUGAAUUUGAAUCUUUAUCUACCUAAAGAAAUUACUAUGAUACCUCAGUUACCCGAAGUUAUCAAUAAGAGCAGGCCUGCGACUGUUUUUCCAGAGGAUAUACCAAAGAUUCACAGCUUUGACCAAAAUGUGUUGGUCAUGAAGUCGUUACAGAGACCUAAAAGGAUAACAAUACUAGGAAAUGAUGGCAAGAAGUAUUACUUUUUAUUAAAAAAGGAGGAUGAUUUGAGGAAGGAUGCACGUACAAUUGAAUUCGAGAAUAUGCUAAAUUCUAUUUUCAAGAAAAACCCUCAUUGCCGUGAUAAGGGCCUUUAUAUUCGUACUUUUGCUGUUAUUCCGUUAGGACACCAAUGGGGCUUAUUGGAAUGGAUUGAGAAUUUGGAACCACUGAAAGGCAUCGUAAACGGUUAUUGGGAAGCUGACAAAAAGCCCUCUGUGCAUUUGAUUUCCAUGCAGUGGAAUAAUAGCAAGCUGGAAACACCGAAAGAAAAAACUGAGUUCUUCUUGAAGAGACUCAUCCCACAAUGCCAAUCGGUAUUCUACAGGUGGUUUUUAGAUAGGUUUCCUGAACCCAAUCAAUGGCUUAAUAGUCGUACCCGCUACGUCAAAACCUUGGCUGUCAUGUCAAUUGUUGGGUAUAUUUUAGGCCUAGGAGACAGACAUGCAGAAAACAUCUUGUUCGAUAACACGAAUGGUGAUUGUGUUCAUGUAGAUUUGAAUAUGAUAUUUGACAGAGGCGCAAAACUCCCUGUUCCAGAAAUUGUGCCAUUCAGGUUAACACACAAUUUGGUCGGGGCCAUGGGACCAUUGGGUACCAGCGGCCUAUUCAGAGAUACAUGUGAGGCCACGCUUCGCGUUCUAGUCGAGAACAAAGAUUCUCUGACGAGUGUUUUUGAAACGUAUGUGAACGAGAUAUCAGCAACAGCCAAUGUAAGUCUCAGUUUUCCAACACACAAAAAGAGUAUAGAUAAAAAAUGUAUUUUUUUAUAUUUAAGAUUUAUAACCAUUUUUAUUUUACCUUUGUUCAGCCAUCAUCUUCCUAUGCUCUAGUACCUCGACAACCAUCAUCCUCAGAGAUCAAAAAAGUCAGCACCAUUGAUGAUAAAUUGAAAAUUCGCGAUAUUGAAGCUACAGUACGAGAUCUCAUUCAGAAAGCAUCGAGUCCUGAGAAUUUAGCGCAGAUGUUCACUGGUAACAUGAAAUAACUAAAAAUUGCAGGUUGCAUUUGAUACU